UGUGAGGAAGAGUUGUUGAAAAGCGGAGGUUUUCUUAAUAUCAAGUAACAUCUGCUGCUUUGUCCAGUUUCCAACAGAAACAUUCUGAGAUGAUAUUUAAAAUUAUAGUGCAGUGUUUACUUAUAAGCUACGUAUAUUCGCUGUCUACGCACCCCAUUUUAAUAGUUGUUUCUUAUGAUGCCUUCCGAUAUAACUUCUUUGACACAAAACUAGUACCUAAUAUGGAACGAUUAAAAGACGUGGGUACACAUGCCGACUACUUAAUAAAUGUUUUCCCUACUAAAACUUUUCCAAAUCAUCAUUCUAUCGCCACAGGAUUAUAUCCUGAUGUUCACGGGGUUAUUGGCAAUACCUAUUACGAUCCAAAGUAUAAGAAAGUUUUAAAAAUUGGUUAUGAAAUGUUUCACUACAACGAAGACAUUAAACCCAUUUGGAGAUGGAAUGAAGAUCAAGGAAAUGGUAGAUACUCAGGAACUAUGAUGUGGCCAGGUGCGAAUUAUCCUUAUCAAGGACAAAAUAUAACAUAUGUAAAAACAUUUGAACCAGGUUACGAUUGGCGUCAAAGAGUUGAAGAUGUCAUAUCUUGGAUAACUGAUCCCGUCAAGCCAGCUAAUUUGGUCAUGUUAUACUUUGAGGAACCUGAUACACAUGGGCAUGCAUUUGGCCCAAAUUCCAAAACAGUUAGAGAUUUGCUUGUUAAACUGGACAAUAUUACAUUAUAUUUAGAGGAACUACUGGAACAGAACAAACUGACUGAUAAAGUCAACGUUGUCCAUUUAAGUGAUCACGGCAUGAUUUCCGUAACUCCCCCUUACUUUAUCAACAUUACACAAUAUAUAACAAACGGUACUUAUGACUGGGCUGGUGCCAGCCCCUGCAUUCAAAUUAUACCCCAUGAAGGAUACGAGGAACAAAUUUACAAUUCUCUUAAAACUGGCUCAGUCGCUAAUGGUCAUUUCAGGGUAUAUAAGAAAGAGGAGUUCCCCAAACGGUGGAAUUAUAAAGAUAACCCCCGCUCGCCACCCAUUUUGGUCAUGGCUGAUGUUGGCUAUGCCUUAGACGAUUUAAUUAUUACCGCACCUAAAUAUGCAGAACACUACCAUUUUAAACUUACAAACAGCUCAGAAUUUGGCGUACACGGAUACGAUUACAAUGUAACAGACAUGCACCCCUUCUUCAUGGCCAGAGGCCCAAAAAUUAAGAACGAGCACAAAGUUGCUCCCUUUCACACAGUUGACCUUUUUAAUCUCUUUACCAAAAUAUUAGAGUUACCACACAUUUCUAACAAUGGUACAUUAGAUAAUAUUGUCGACAUUCUAAAAGGAAACCAUGGACAAUAUAGCGUGGGGUCUAUACUCAUCAUCUCGGUAGGUGGAGUUGUAAUAGCGCUAGUUUUAAUAACAGUAGCUGCGAUUAUAACAUUAAUUAUGAUCAAACGCCAACAAAAUCUAACAACAGUGGCGGCUUUGAAUAAGCGUUUUCCACAAACUUUCCAAAAUAACAUCAUCGAGGCACAGCACUUGUUAGAACCCGAGGAGGCAUAGGCACACUCUAGUUUUAGCGUUGAUAGUGAUGUUAAUUUAGGUGAUUGUAGUGGGAGUAUAAAACGUGAAAAGGAUAGGUUGUAAUUUUGUCUGUCGCAAUGGUGUUGCGAGAAAAAAUGAAAAACAACCAAAGCUCAAUAGUAACAUACAUUUCUAUGUAAAUUAUUCGAGAUGAAUUUAAAGAAAACUCAACAUUUACAAUCAACGAUAUUAACAGUAACAAUCAAUAUUGAGAGUAGAACAGUGACAAGUAGAGAUUGAUUUCACAGUUUUAUAUAAUUGUAGUAACUAAAUAGCUCUAGUUUCUUUAUUUUUUUAAUUUUACUAUGAGUUUCAUAAAAUGAGUUCCAUAAUAUUUUGACAAUGUAGAUGAGUUUAUAUUUAGUUCAGUGCUCCAUCUAGAUUAAUUAAACCUAAGCUCGGGACACAUUAUUAACAUGAAAUGUGUUAACAACUGCUAUAAAAUAUGUAUCACAUUAAAAGAAACAAUAUACUAAUCCGAUGUUUCGUCAUAAGCUCAAAACACGAUAUAACGUGCAUUAUUACAAUCCAGAUUACUGUUGGAGUGUUGGUGUAUUUAAUUAAGCAUUUUUCAAACUUGGGAGCACACCUUAUUUGCCGUAUCGUGUUGUAACAUGAAGCAUCGUCACAUGUUAACACGUCAAGUGUUAAUUAUGUCUCCUGCUCAUAAUAGUACUUGUCUGAUUUUUUAUUUGUCUAACUAUUAAAUUGAAAUUGUGUGUUUGAAAUAAUAUCAGCACGGAACAUGACUUCAGUUAAAAGAAAUUAAAAAAACAAUCUAUUGCACCCUCAACUAAAUAGUUUGGCAAAUAAUAAAUUACUUGGAAUUACGGUAUGUGCGGAAGGCAAAAGGAAGCUGUAUUGGUAGAGUUUUUUGUGUUUUCUCUUUAAAAUAGAAUAAUAGAUGUUUUUUUCAAUAUAUUUUACACUUGGUUAUAUAUCUUUGAAUAGAAAAGAAAUUCUUAACAAUCUUUCACGUUUGCUCCAUUUCGCGCUUAUUUUUAGAAUUAGUGCCAUUUUAUUUAUUGAUUUUUUUUUUGGGAGGGUAAAAAAUUUACCAAAAGAAUAUUCGUUACAUAUAUGAUUCCAUUAAUGCCAUUGUGAUUAUAUUGCGUCCAUAUUCUUGUGAUGGGAAAGAAUAUCAUACAGUAGGACAAAUUAAAAUUUUUACCGCUCAGUGCUGAUACAGUUAUCCUCAUCUGUCGUAUAAAAUAUAUCGUGUGGUAACUGAAUAUCGUAGAUGUAGAUAUUUUUUACUGUAUGCCCAUUUUGUGAUUUAAUUUGUGAUACCUUUUAAUGACAGGAUCUACAUAACACUUUUUGGGUACUUGAAUUCUUAUGUUAAGCGUUUCGAACAAUUAAUUCAGUGUGGCGGUAUUAGCAUAAUAUUUUUAUAAUGAAACACAAAUGACCGAUAACGUAAGCACAAACUUAAGACUCUUGUGCUACAUGACAUUAAAACAAUUAAUAGUUUGUUUUCAUAUUAAAGUGAGUAUUUCUUCGAUCUUUUUUUUUAAUUUUAGUUCGAGUUUUAAUAAUUGUGCCAUUUUCGUUUCAAUUUUUAAUAGUUUUGGCAAAAAACUGACAAGUAUGCAAAAGUGGUUAUGUAGAUCGGCAAUGUACUUUAUCUUUAAAUUUUAUGAAAAAAUUUUAUUUAAUUCUACUUAAUUAGGUUUCAACUGAAUUAUAAGUGACAAAUCACAUCGAAUAACAAGAAGUUUUAAAUAUAGACAAUAAAUUUGUUGUCUAAUGCUCUAAGCAAAAUACAUGCAGUGUAUUGUUCUAGAUUUCUUAGGUAGAUAGUUUUCUAUUCUAGUCAAAAAUUGAUCACUUAGAAAUAUAUUAAGAUUAAGGAACAGUGGUUUGUGUGUCACUAUUAUAAUUAUUUUUUUUCUUUUGACACUGCUAGUUAUUUGAGUAGUGUUAUCAUUAGGUGUAGAUAUUUUUUUUAUUUUGAGUAGUUACGUAAUUAUAUAUCGCAUUAUUAUAAAUUCAUAUUAUGGUACCUAGUACUUAAUUCCAGAUUACAUAUUUUUUUUGUUUUAUUUCUUUCACAGGAAGUUCUAAACUGCUCACUGUACCUCCACUUAUUUUGGAACUUGUGGUGUGUGUGGGUAUUUAUUACUUGAUGGCAAAUUUCUUUGAUUUAA